AUGGGAAAACAAAAUUCAAGCACUAACGACGGUCAAAGGGAAAAAAUGAAAGAGACAAAAAAUUUAACCAACAAGCUUUUCGAAUCUCGAGAAAUUACACUCAAUAUUAGUCCUAUUGUGGCUAUAUCGUUAUUCAUACUACUUAUAUCUAUAGGGGUUGCGUGGGACAAGUAUAGGCAACAAGUUACUUGUCAGAUAUUAUCUAAUGGCUGUGAAGACAAAAUCUUGUGGAUCUCUAUUCCCGAUCAUAAAAACGCAAAAAGUUAUCUUUCGUUAGAUAAUGGCGCUUUCGUUUACCGUCAUAUAUAUAUGGAUGAAUUUGAAAAGGAAUUUCAAGUAAAACCGUUAUAUUUUCCGACCAUUGAUCCGGAUAUAGCUGAUUAUCUUGCAAAGCAUAAUCUUAAAUCCAGAUUAUUAAAUAGUACCGAACAUGAUCAAGAAGUAAUUUCAUCAAUUAUGUCAACGACGGAAAAGUAUGCACCCAUGGUAGGAGAAAUAGACUCUAGGGUUGAGAAUGGAACAUAUGUUGAUGAUGGACGUGUAUACAUUCGUUGGGUUAAUGACAUCGUAAGAUGGGGCAUGUUUGCUGGUCGCUCUUUCAAAGCAGGUGAUCUUCUAGGGGUCUACACUGGAAUAUAUACGCGCCAACUUUAUGAUGUUGAGUAUGCAUGGGAAUUCAAUUAUCUUAUGGAUGUUUUUGAUGAGAAUAACGAAAAAGUGAGGGUUUGUGUUGAUGGUAAAAAUAUGGGAAAUUAUAUGCGAUUCGCUAAUCAUCGUGACUCAAAUCAUAAUGGUGACCAACUUUAUGUGAUUUACAAUGACAUUUGGUAUAUUCUCUACAUAGCUCAAACAGAUAUUGAGCCUCACGAGCAAAUAUUCGUUAAUUAUGGUCAGGCGUACUGGGAAAACAAACAAAAAUACGAUUUUGACUAA